AUGAUGCUCGUGGCUCGCCGAGCAGCAGCAACGCACCGCGGCCUCUCGACGGUCGCCGUCACGGGCGCCAGCGGCUACAUCGGCUCCUACGUCGUCGCGGAGCUGCUCGCGCGCGGCCACAGCGUGCGCGCCGCCGUGCGCGGCUGCGACGCGAACCCGGCCAAGGCGGCGCACCUGCUCGCGCUGCCCGGCGGCGACCGCGUCACGUUGAUCGACGGCGGCGACUUGUCCGUCGACGGGUCCUUCGACGAGGCCUUCGCCGGCGCCGACGCCGUCGUCCACACGGCCGCGACCGUCGUCGUCGGCGCGGACGCGGCCAUCGCCGACGCGUCGAUCGACGGCGUCAGGAACGUGCUCCGCAGCGUCGACAGGGCGCCCACGGUCCAGCGCUUCAUCCACACGUCGUCCAUCGCGGCCAUCCAGCGCUACGACAAGGGCGCGGGCCACGUCUUCAGCGAGGCGGACUUUAACGACUGGUCGACGAUCGAGAACGGCGACGCGUACGGCUACGGCAAGACGCGGGGCGAGAUCAUCGCGCGGGCCCACUUCGCCGAGGGGGAUCAAUCGCGCAAGUUCGUGGCGCUGAACCCGGGCAUCGUCGUCGGGCCCGUGAUGACGAAGGCGCACACGAAGGCCUCUCCCCUCUUCGUCCGCGACCUCAUCUACGGCAACGCCGUGCCCAACAGCGAGGGCGCGAACUUCGUCGACGUCCGCGACGUCGCGGCGGCCCACGCGACGGCGCUCGAGAAGGCGGAGGAGCUCGACGGCAUGCGCUUCGUGCUCGUCAACGACCACCCGUGCAUGAACAUCCUGGGCCUCGGCGCCGCGGCGGCGGCCUCGUUCCCGGACUACGACCUCCGCUCCGUGCCGCUGCUCCCGCCCUGGAAGCUGAGCCUGGCCAUGGCCGCGAGCCACCUGCCCGUCGUCGGCAAGUACGCCAUGACGGAAUUCCAGCGCCUCCUCAUGACGACGCCGAUCCACUUCUCGAACACGCUCGCGAAGACCCACGUCCUCGACGCGGGCUUCAUCCCCCUGAAGACGUCCCUCGAGGAUGCCAUCACCUCCAUGGAGCCGGAGCCCAUGGCGAGCUCCAACACGCUCGGCGGCGAGUUCAUCGUCGCCGCCGCGGCGGCGCCGGAGCCCGACGCCGAGGAGGUCGACGCCGCGGGCGAGGCCGCGGCGGCCUUCGAGGCGCGGCGCGCCGCGCUCAGCGAGGCCAUGGCGCCGCCCGACGACUACGACGCGUCGGGCGAGGACGACGCGGUUUUAGCGGAGAUGAUUCGCGAGCAGGAGGCCGCGGCCGCCGCGCAGGCGCGGGCCGACGCCGAGGCGGCGCGCGACGCGGAGACGGCGAAGGCCGCCGUCGCGGAGGCGGAGCGCGCCGACGCCGCCGCCGCGGCCGCGGCCGCGCCCGAGCCCGAGCCCGCGGCGGACGCGCCGAAGCGGCCGGCGACCGCGUCGCGCGCGAACGCCAACUUCCGAACACAGACGGAAGAGAUCCGCCACGAGCGGCGCAGCGACCUGCCGCCGGCGACGGCGGACCGCCGCGCGCCGGAGCGGAAGCCCGGCGCGCCGCCCAUCGCCGAGGGCGACACGAUGGCGCGCCUGGAGGACCUGCUGGCCCGGGGCCAGGCCGACGCCGCCGCCGAGGCCGCGGCGCUCGAGGCCCAGAAGGCGCGGCGGAAGAACGACCCGGCCUACGAGGCGCGGCGCGCCCAGGCCUGGGGCGAGCUGAGCCCCUGGGAGCGGCGCCGCUGCGACGACGAGGUCGACCGCGUGCGGAAAUUGGCGGACCGGGGCCACUACGCGGUCCUGGGGCUCCGGCGGUCGGCGCCGGCCGCGGCCGUCAAGCAGAAGUACCGCCAGAAGGCGCUCCUCGUCCACCCGGACAAGAACCCGAGCCCGGACGCGCAGCUCGCGUUCGACGCGCUCCGCGAGGCGCACGAGACGCUCGGCGACGAGGCCAAGCGGCGCGACUACGACCGCCGCAUGAGGCGCAAGGCCGAGGUGCGGCGCCAGAGGAUCGUCCGCGAGGUGCGCGCCAUCGUCGAGACGGCCGCGGAGUACGUCGCCUACCGGUCCCGCGACGCGCCGAAGCUCUUCUACUCGGCGAUGGCCGUCGCGUUCCUCCUCGUGUCGGGGGACUCCUCGUCCGGCGGCAUGGGCGUCGUGAUGCGGCCGUGCUCGUCCUUGUUGAGCCACCAGAACUGGGACGGCUUGCCGUCCUUCGGCGCGGACGCGGCCGGCGGGAGCUUCACGGGCGGCGGCCUCCCGCACUACCGCACUACCGCCCGACCGCCGCGCGGCGCCUACCGGCCGCGCGGCCCCGUGGGAAAGCUGGAGCGGCUGGCCAUCCAGUACGAGGUCCGCCAGCCGGCCCGGGUCAUGGCGGCGCUCGUGACCCCCGACGCCGAGGCGGCGGGCGCGACGCCGCCGCUGGACGCCCUGCGCGCCGCGUCGCCGCGGGACCCGCCCGGGGCCGCGGCCGCGGCGUCGACGCCCGCGGCGCCGCGCGGCGCCUCGGCGCCGCGGCGCGUCGUCGCGCCGGAGAGGCUCAAGUGCGUCAUCUUCGACUUCGACAGCACGCUGUCGACGCCCCAGUUCCUCGAGCGCUUCGGCAAGUGGGCCAUCGCCGACAAGCCCAUGCUCUGCCAGUCCAUGACGGACGCGGAGGUCUGGGCGAAUUUGGGCGGCGCCGAGCGCGUCGCGACGCUCAAGGCCAUGCUCGACCGGCUCCGCGACGACGGCCUGGAGCUCUACGUGCUGAGCCUGGGCUUCGCGACGGCCAUCCGCCACCACCUCGGCGUCGUCGGGCUGAACGGCUACUUCGGCGAGGGCCGCGUCAUCGGCCAGGACACGCCGGCGUUCCAGCGCUGCAAGUACGUCAAGGCGGCCCUCAUCGAGGAGCUCAUGCAGCACAACGAGUGGCACCCCAACGUCGUCCUCUUCGUCGACGACUCGGCGAAGAACAUCGGCGAGGCCGACCGCCGCGGCACGUGCGACACGUUCCGCGUGGCCAAGGAGGGCCUCGACGCGGCGGACUGCGGCCGCAUCCUCGAGCGCGCCAAGCGACGAUAG